AUGGUACAACUUAUUUAUUACGAAAGCCGUGGGAUAUCAUGCAGUUAUCUUCUACGCAAUGGAAUGAAAAAAAUGGUAGUCAAAUUGGAAGCAUGUGAAAAUUGGCCAUAUCCAAGUUCAGAAUCACAGUGGCUAUUGACAUUUAAUCGAUUUUUAAGAAAUUGGUGCAAAGUUGUUCAAAUAACAAGCGGAGGAACUAAACGAUACGAAACAAUCGGACAUGCAACAUUUACGAAACUAGAGGGCACAAUGUUUGUAACAGGAAAAUUUAAAACUGAUUUAGCAGGAAAGCAACAAAAACUGCCAGAUUUUUGUUUAUAUCUAACUACAAACAUUAUGGAUACCGAUUUUUAUCGUGGGUGUUUACUAACUGGAAUGUUGGAGAGAGGCAAUCGAAAAUUAGGCAUUUGGGAGUCGACACAUUAUGCGUAUGUUAAACGCGAAGGUUACUGA